AUCGAUCGGGCCCGGUUCCACGACCCAAGUUAAUCGAAAUUUAUCUGGUUUACAGCAGGUUGAACCAAAUGUACAUCAGGUAAACUUUGGUCAACUCGAGUCGUGGAAUAGGGCUUAAAUGUCACACUUGUUAAUUCAAUGUUUAUAAAUCCGGCAUUUAGGGUGCCGGUGGAAACGUACCAAUCGAAUAAAUACCGACGGUGGAGACAUAGGUUCAGUUCCAUAAGUCGAGUCGUGGACCGACCUUUGAAAAGAAAAUGUUUAAGGAUAGUUUCAAAUAUUACAAAAGUAGGAAUCCUCCACCUGAUUUGAAACACGUUAUAGAUGUACGGUAUGUAGACGCAACCAAGGUACGUAGCUGGGUUAAGCGAGCGUCAACGUGCCAUGUCACAGGACCUCAAGACGAAAUUUUAGGUUUGAAACCUAUAAAACAUUGGAAAUUGUAUAGAUUCUUCGACAUCGCAGAUUUAAUCAUUAUUCAGAAUCCUUUCACACGUAACGGGCAGCGGUAUUGGAUUACUAAAUGUCUAAGAGACUACUCACGGAAGCCAUACGUUUCAAACUUAGAUGCGCAGAAAUUAUUGAAUAACAACGACACUUGGUGGGACGUUUCCUUUGGGAAUUCAGAAAGAGCAGUUAAUUUCUUACCUAAACUGAGAUGGUCGACACUAGGAUAUCAUCAUAACUGGGAAACAAAACGAUACACAGAAGAAACUAAAACCGACGUGCCAUUUGAAAUUUGUGAUUUAACCCAGUUCUUAGCUCGUACUGUCGGCUUUGAGAAUUUUAAAGCAGAAGCAGCCAUAAUUAAUUAUUACCGAAUGAAUUCUACUUUAGCAGGACACACGGACCAUUCAGAAUUAAAUAUCGACGCACCUCUUAUCUCGCUUAGUUUCGGACAGUCGGCAAUCUUUUUAAUCGGGGGACUGACUCUAGCCGAUCCUGCCAAUGCAUUACUACUUAGAAGCGGGGAUAUCUUAAUCAUGUUUGGUGCAUCUCGUUUGAGACAUCACGGCGUUCCGAAAAUCCUGCAAACUUUUGACGUACCUUGGGCCCGCGACGAAUGGAACGACAGAUAUUCUCCCGAAUCCGAUUCAGAAGAUUGGCUUAAAGCAAGCAGAUAUAUUUCGGAGGCCAGAAUUAAUUUAAGCGUAAGACAGGUAUUGAAAACUGGACAAAUAACUGUAUAAAGUAUACGUUAAUGUCUUUACACACUUAAUGCAAAUAAACCCAUCCUUUACAUCACAAACAAA